AUGAGUGGGUUCAUUACAAUGUUGCAAGAGGGGAUCCCGCUUUGGUCAAAUAAGAUACGAGAUCAACCCCCAGGUGGUGAUGAGGAUGAUGGUGGUGAUGGGGAUGAUGGCGAUGAUGAUGAUGAUGAUGGUGGUGAUGGUGAUAAUGGUGAUGAUGGUGGUGGUGAUGAUGAUGAUGAUGGUGGUGGUGGUGGUGGUGGUGAUGGUGGUGGUGGUGGUGGUGGUGGUGGUGGUGGUGAUGAUGAUGAUGAUCGUGGUAGUGGUCGUGGUGGUGGUGGUGGUGGUGGUGAUGAUGAUGAUGAUGCUGAUGCUGAUGAUGAUGGUGAUGGUGGUGAUGGGGAUGAUGGCGAUGAUGAUGAUGAUGAUGAUGGUGAUAAUGGUGAUGAUGAUGAUGAUGAUGAUGGUGGUGGUGAUGAUGAUGAUGAUGGUGGUGGUGCUGGUGGUGCUGAUGGUGAUGAUGGUGGUGAUGGUGGUGAUGGUGAUGAUGAUCAUCAUCAUCAUGAUGAUGAUCAUCAUCAUCAUGAUGAUGAUGUAGUCACCUCAUAUCGCAACAUGGGACAUUGGCGUAUAAAGAUAUCGCUUGUUGUUGCUAUAUCCAUGACAAUUCUACAUUCAUCUGUCGCCCACAACGAACCAGAAGACUUCCUUCAUGCCCAUGGUUGUAUUAGAAGAUUACUGGAUAUACCACCUCUGGUAUGGGACCCUGAAUUGGCAAAAACUGCGCAAGCUUGGGCUGACCAAAGGAAGGAUUGUAAAUUGACACCCUCUGACAAGGUUGGUGAGAAUAUGGCACAGGGGCCAAAUCUUAAUGCUUCAUAUGCAGUUCAGAUGUGGGUUGAAGAGAGACCCGAUUACGACCAUGGUAAAAAUGAGUGCUUACCGGGUACUCAGUGUGCCCAUUAUACGCAAGUGACAUGGAAAAAUACAGAACGCGUUGGAUGUGGUAGGGCUCAAUGUUCAGACGGUGUGUGCUACGUUAUUGUUUGCAAUUAUGACCCUCCAGGGAACAUUGUUGGCGAGAAACCCUACUAAUUCUAACUCAUUCCUUCUGUCAUCUCAUUUAUCCUUUUGUAACCGGAUUAAUUUUGCAAAGGAAGCAACUCUCAGAGUCGGUGUCUAAUAAGGUUUCUAUGAGGCUAUGAGUCAAUGGGUACGUGGAUAAUAAUCGGAGUUGAUGUGAUUGAUACUUAUGAGAGAAGAAGUACGUGAUUAAUAAAUUGUUUUUAUUUUGUAUUUCAUACAACAAUCUUCUAGUAUAGAAUAUCUCAUUUACAUAUUUGUAACCAUUAAAUGUAGUUCAAGAUUCAAUUUUUGUACAUCUAGAAUAUAGGUGGUGCUCAAUAGUUUACCUGGUGGGCGCAGGGCGGGUUCGGCGUGGGCAGUCAAGAAAUUACAGUUUACUAUUUUUUUUUAUAUAAAUGAAUUUGAAUUAUAGUUUAGCGAUAUGAG